UUAAAACAUGUUUCUCAUUUCGGACCCCGUCGCUUUUGGACAUUUACAGCUUGCCAUUUUCGCAAACACUUUGAAAGCAAUACGCUGCACAGACGAAGUGGUCUUUCAUCCCCUUGUUGGAGUUCGAUCGAGUUUAAGCUUAUCUGAAAAGCAAUUCUUUAGGUGUAGCUUAUCCAAGAAAAGUCAACAAACAGCAGCAACAAUGAUGAACAGCAUGCAAUCCCAAUCCACAGAGAGUUUAAGGUAUGCGGUUGUGACUGGAGCAAACAAGGGUAUUGGGUUUGAGACGGUUAGACAGCUGGCAGCUGCUGGCGUGACAGUCGUGUUGACAGCUAGGAAUGAGAAGAGAGGUAUGGAGGCCAUGUCAUUGCUCCAUGGGCUUGGUUUUCCAAACGUACUAUUCCAUCAGCUUAAUGUACAAGACCUUCAAAGCAUAGAAGGUUUGGCCAAUUUCAUACAAACCCGAUUUGGAAAACUUGAUAUCUUGGUGAAUAAUGCUGGAGCUUCUGGAGUUGUGGUGGAUGAAGAAGGUCUAAGGGCUCUGAAUAUAGAUCCAGCAUCUUGGCUAUCUGGCAAGGCCACGAACAUGGUUCAAGGGGUGAUUAAAACAACCUAUGAAAAGGCAAAAGAAUGUCUUGACACAAACUAUUAUGGUGUCAAGAAUCUUACACAGGCACUCCUUCCACUCCUACAACGUUCCACUUCCGGGGGUAGAAUCGUAAAUGUCUCUUCCCUACGAGGUGAAUUAUGGAGGAUUCCGAAUGAAGAAAUAAGAAAGGAACUCGCAGAUGUAGAGAAUUUGAGUGAAGAGAAGAUCGAUGGGUUUGUGGAGAAGUUUUUAGAUGAUUUGAGGAACGAUGAGCUUGAAGUCAAAGGAUGGUCAAAGAUGUUACCGGCUUACAGUGUGUCAAAGACAUACCCGAAUAUGUGCAUUAAUUGUGUGCAUCCGGGAUAUGUCGACACCGACUUGAACUGGCACACAGGUACAAUGACAUUGGAAGAGGGAGCACAAGGGUCGGUUAUGUUGGCUCUUUUACCCCAAGGUGGUCCCACCGGUUGCUAUUUUGAUCGUACACAAGUUGCUCAAUUUUGACCCUCUUGUUUCUUGUAUCUAUUAAUUUUAUCUUCUUGGUUUUUCCUUUUUCUUUCCUGGACUAGUCUAUGAAACAUCAGACACAAUAUCAAGAAUUUGACCUCUUUUUUACUUCAUGUGAUAACCAACCUCACAGGGUUAGUAGCACCAACUAUUAUGGAUGUUUUGAAACUGAUCUAAGU